AUGGUUACAUAUGACGGCCACAUGAAGGCCCUGAGCUCCAGCCUGGUCAGCCAGGUCAUCAGCGGCAACAGCGGCCAGGCCGCCAUCCUUCAAGCUUAUGCCGCCACAAGGGCCAUGAAGCCCCAGAUCCUUCUGACUGGCCCGUCGAACUCGUCAGUGGACGAGCCAGCCGGGCGCAUCCUGAAAGAGAGAUUCAUGGACUUCGACCUCCACCCCUACAACCCUGGCAUACUGCGGCUGGGGGUGGAGGCCAGCGUGGAUCAGGGCGUUCUCGAGGUGUUUGCCGAGUUCAAGGCGGGCGCCCUGCUGGGGCUGACCCCUGAGCAGUGGGCGGAGUGCAAGGCGUCGGCAGAGAGGGCAAGCCACCAGGCGGUCAGCAGAUUCGACGUCGCGGCAGACCGCGUGACGAGGAACCGGGGGCGGCCGAGGUCUGAGGACAAGGCAGACCUGGUCAACAGCGCUGAGGCGUUCAUGCGCGCCAAAGUCAAGCUCGCCCGCCUCCAGCUGGUGCGAGACUACGCGCACGCCCCCGCCACCCAAAGGGCUGCCGCGGAGCGCGAGCGCGCCGCUGACGCCGCCGCCGCGACGGCCGCGACGGCGGGCGCCGCUGUUCCGGAGCGGUCGCGGCAGAUGGAGGCGUUCCACGCGGCGCCGCGGGAGCUGCAGGAGGCGGUCGUCAAGGCGCUGCUGGACGAGGCGGAGGUGGUGGCGACGACGCUGGGCAGCUGCGGGCGCUCUGAGCUGGCGGACCUGGCCCGAGAGUUCACCCUGGCGAUCGUGGACGAGGCCGGCCAAGUGACGAAGACGGCCCUCAUGCAGGUCCUGCCGCUUGGUGUGAUGCGCAUGCUGCUGAUCGGCGACACCAAGCAGCUGGCGCCGGUGGUCAAGAGUAAGGCGGCGCGCGCCGCAGGGCUCGAGGUGUCCCUGCUGGAGCACUUGGAGGCACUCGGGUACCCGGAGGUCCGGCUGUCGGUCCAAUACCGCUCCCACGCGGACAUCGUCGCCUACCCCAGCCGGCUGUGCUACGACGGCCGCCUGGUCACGGCGCCAUCCGUCGACGAGCGCCCCGUGCCUGCGUUCGCAGGACAUCCCUCCGGCCUGCUGGCCAAGGCCUACAGUGUCUUCGACAUCCCAAGCAGCCACCAGGCGCCCAGAGGCAAGAGCCUGUACAACACAGGCGAGGCCCGGUUCAUCGUGGAGGGGCUGGCCGCCUCUGCCGCAGCGGCUCACAGCGCCUCCGGCAAUGCGGCCCCGCUGGAAAUCAUGAUAAUCUCCAUGUACAAGCCGCAGGUGGGGGUCAUCCUGCGCGAGCUGGACAAGCUGCCCGCCGAGACGCGCGCGGCAGCCAACGUCAGGGUGCUCACGGUCGACGCGAGCCAGGGCAAGCAGGCCGACCUCGUCAUCAUCGCCACGACGCGCACCGAGGCCACCCGCGCCGGCGGCGUCGGGUUUCUCGACUCGGAGCGCCGCCUGCUGGUCGCCCUGACGCGCGGCCGGCUCGCCGUGUGGGUCGUGGGCCGCAUGGCCACGCUGGGCCGCGACCAGCUCAGCAGCAGCAGCAGCAGCAGCAGCAGCAGCAGCAGCAGCAGCAGCAGCAGGCGCGCCAGCCAAUGUAUCGUGCUCCAUUGUAUGCGCCUGUCAGCAACCUGA